GGAAUUACGAGCUCCAGGCCCAUCAUCGGGAGCUCACGUCCCCGAAUGUGACAUGGCGUCUGAGAAGGAAGUUUACUGUUAAAUAGACGUUCAUGUUGUUUUUAUGACAUUAAAUCAACAAGAAGGCUGCUAUAGGAGCCACACAUCUUUUAUAGACACUUGCAUUGAUGGUAAUGCAUGCAAGGAAACCUCAGAGGAUUAGCGAUGGGUACUUCGAAAAACACCAAGCCCAUCCGUAUCAGAAUUCAAAAUAUAGCAGUUCAAAAGGAAACUAUGAUGGACGUUAUAACCAUGAAAGAAUGCGAGACUCGCCCAAUGGAAAUUCCUAUCGAUCGGACAGUCCAGAUUCACAGAGCCCACGGGAACGAAACUAUCAAACUAAGAGUUCAUAUUUGCAGAAAAUUCGUGAGAAGGAGAGAGAAAACAGAGACUAUAAAUCCAGAGAAAAAUAUUCUGACUGUGCAAGAUCACCAAAAGAUAAGCGGAGUCGGGAGAGUCGAGAUUCAGAACAUAGGACAAAUCAUGACAGGAGUAGUACAGAAAAAAUUAUUCUUCACCCCAUUAAAUUAACGGCACAGAAUGCAUCGUCUCGGGACUCUCAACGGAAGCCCCUUCACAAUUCUUGUCAGGAAAAACGUGAGGAAAGGGACCGCAUUGCACGAGUGGGAGACUGGUCAGAACACAUUAGUUCAUCAGGGAAGAAGUACUACUACAAUUGCAAGACAGAGGUAUCACAGUGGGAGAAACCUCGGGAGUGGAUGGAACGUGAACGCAUUAGAGAUAAGGCCAGAGAUAGGGAAGUUGAUAGAAACUAUAGCAGCAGUUCCAGUCGUUCCUCACAUGAUAAACAUUCCAGUUCUCGGCCCUCAAUAAGUAAUUUAAGGGACCCUGCUCCAAAGUCAGCAUCUUCACGGCAAGCAGACAAGAGGGAUGUGUACUGGAACAACCAGUCAAGUGGAAGCAGGGAUGAGACUGAUGCACAUGAUCGGAGGAAACAUCUUGAUGGUGAGUCUCAGGCACAAGACAUGGACAUCUCUCCAGGUGACAGCACUCCCACAUCAGAAACAUCAUAUACACACACACCUACUAGCAGAGGAACAUCCCACCAACAGCAGCAACCACCACCCCAAGUUCAGCCUCAAACACAACAACAGCAAGCACCACCACAGAUGUCGUCAGAGCAUCACAACUCUAACACAACGGGACCAGUGCUGCUUGCAACUGCCCUCCCACAUCUAGUAUCACAUCCACCCCAUCCACACAUCUCCACAUCCACUAGCACCACUUCCAUGGCUCGAGGUAAUAACCUGUAUCAACAGCCUGGUAAGUCCAGUACUCAGCAAAUCCCCUCUCCUGUCCAGCAGUCCUCCACAUCUUCAGCCCCCUCCAUGGUUCCUGCACCACUCCAGGUUUCUGUAGCUGCACCAGGCCCAGGGCCAGGUCCUCCUGUGACACUCGCCAACUUGCCCCGUCUGCUUUCUCAGAUUACGGGUGCCAAGAAUCUGGAACAGUCUGAAUUGUCACCCCAGAAAGCCCUACAGACCCUUCAAACAGCCCUGCUUCUAUCUAGGCAGGUGUCUCUUGAACCAGGAGCUGCAGGAACAGUGGGAGGGGGAGUGAGUGCUGGCCUUAAUAACCAGCAUCCUUCUCAACCACUGCAACCACUGAAAGUGGACACAACUAACACUACAUCAAUAGGAGAGGGCCCUCCCACGCCAACACAUUCUGAAAGUCAGGACUGCGUGGAUGCAAGAAAAUUGUCAAGCCCACCCAGCAAUUUGAGUUCACUGCAGAACCUUGCCCAAGCUGGAGUUGGUAGUUGCAGCUCACUCCAUGCACUGCGCCCACAAGGUCCACACCUUACCCCUAGUUUGGCCAACCACUACCGAGAUGAUCUUGUAAAUCAUGUACGUGGGUGGCCUGCAGACGCCUUAGAGAAACAGGCCCAAAAAUUGAGUGAGGAAGGUCAUACGAUGGGCAGCCUCCAGUGUACCCGCGUGUCUGCUGAUUUGAAGACAGCACGAUCAAUUGUUAGGUUAACUGAAAUUCAAGCAACUUUACAAGAACAGAGGAUACUUUUUCUACGCCAGCAAAUCAAGACGUUAGAACAAUUGAAAUCCCAAAAUUCCUUUAUGUCUGAUGAAUCAUAGUGCUAGGAGGCAAGCACAUGACAGCAUUGUGUGUUUGAGUUGAGCUAACAAGUGAGUGGGAAUGAGGGAGGGAAGUUUAUUGAGCGUGUGAAGAUGCAGUGGUGGGGAGUGACUUCCCUCAGCAUACACAAUCUCCUAAUUACUGCAUUAUUGUUUGUUGUUCUUGCAGGGAAAGUGGUAUUUGGAGUCACUGUGUUGAUCUGAAACUGCCUGCAGUGCGUGUCAUUCUUGCUCUUUAUGUGUUUACUGUAUUGGCAAAGUGGGGUGGGCCAGCAUUUUAAUUAUUUUUUGUAAAGGAAUUGGGAUCACAUAUUUAAGCAUCAUGUACCUUUCAUAAGUAUGGACAUCAGUGGCAGUGAACACUUCUCCGUGGAUGCCAUGUUCCUUUACAAAAAGGUGAAUAAUUUAAUAGCUUACAAAUUUCCAAGAUCAUUUUUGGUAUGAAAUUACAUUUCAAGAAGGUUGCUGCAGCUCUGUGUUGUAGUAGUCUUGGAAGGAGAAACUUGGAGUAAGCGAAGAAUGUAAAAUAUUCCUUUAUUUUGCACGUUAAGUGGUUUAAUUUCCAGUGCUGAUUCAUGUUGUGUUGUUGCUUGCAAACUGGUGAUGUUGGGGAGGGGAGGGGGUGUCAUUCCAGGGUCAAGCCUGGUCCACCUAACAUUGGUUGGGAAAUGACAAAACUUCAUGAUUCAGAUAGCUUUUUGUACAUAUUACUAAAAUAAUUAUUGUUGUAUGGGCUUCUCAAGAUUCUUGCUAAAUUUUUCAGUGUGUUUCAGAUGUAUGGAUGUGCCCUGCAGGGACAGUGUUCAGCAUUGUAUAUACAGAAUACAGGGCAUAAGUAUGUAUUUUCAUACAAAGAUUUGUCUUUGAAAUAAUUUUUUAUUUAAUAUUAUUUUGCCAAGGCAUUUUUCAUAGAAGCACAGCAGGGUAUAUUAUUUGGUGUCAGAUUUAUUUAUCUUGUCCAGAGUGUCAUUCUUGAGAAGCCCAUCGUUUUUCAUUUAGUAUGACGUAAAAGAGUAUUGUUGAAGAAAUAAAAAAGAAAUAAAAGAGGAAGGUAUUUUAACUUUUAUCACCUAUUGAUGAGUAGGUUCUAAACAAUUUUUAAGGUUAAAAAGAACAUUUCUUUUCAUGCCAUUUCUAAUGGCGUUUGUCUUGUACUUCUAUGUGUACAGUUUAAAUUUUUAUUUUUAAUUCUGUCUUGGAUGCAUGCUGCAGAUUUCAUCAACCCCCUUGUCCUGAGUGCACUAAUUGAUGUGCCACAGCACAAGAGUUGUCAUACCUUGUGCAUUGAGGUGACUUCACAAAUUAUAUGAUUGGAUCGUCAAUUUCUCACAUCAUUUCCAGAGACGAUUUCAUACGUGUAUGUUAGACUGUUGUAUUUAAACUACUAGGUGCAGUAGUGAUGUUUUCAAGCUGUUGUUGUAAAUAAUGUGUAUUCAGUGCAAGGGGUAGCUAAAUAAACCAUCUUUCUUCACCUCAA